AUGGCAGAGGGCUCCGAGAAGGUGCCGAUCGCCCGAGUGGGGCCCGAUGAUGUGGAGCUGUGCCUGCCCCCCGCGUACGCGGCGGCCGCGCCCCCCGGGCCGGCCCUCCUGCUGCUGGCCGGGGCCAUCGCCGCCUUCUACUUCUGGAAAGCCACGGAGCGGCAGGUGUACAACGUUCACUAUACUAUGAGCAUUAAUGGAAAAGUACAAGAUGGAUCAAUGGAAAUAGAUGCUGGAAAAAACUUAGAGACAUUCAAAACAGGAAGCAGGAGUGAAGAGGCUGUUGAAGUCCAUGAUUUUCAGAUCGGCAUAACUGGGAUCCGUUUUGCUGAAGGAGAGAAGUGUUACAUCAAAGCUCAGCCAAAAGCUCACAUCCCUGAAAUUGACACUAUGGCUAAAGCAAGCCUCUCAUCUGAGCUGGAAGAUGAAAUCAUGCCUGUGAGAUUUGACAAAAACUCCCUUAUCUGGGUGGCUGCAGAUGAGCCUAUCAAGCAUAACAGCUUCCUAAGCCCCAAAAUUUUAGAGCUUUGCAGGGAUCUUCCAAUUUUCUGGCUGCGACCAACAUAUCCCAAAGAUAACCAAAGGAGAGAAAUUAAGAGCAACAAGCACCAAUCAGAACCAAACUUUGAUGAGGAAGACUUGGAAGCUGCUUCUGAAGAAGUAAACCCCAGAUCAUGCACUGUGCAGCUGACUCAAGAGCUUGGCCACCAGACUAAUGAAACCAGGCCAAUGGGACAAGAAACUGAUCAAACAUUUAAUCCAGACAACCCAUACAACCAGCUGGAAGGUGAAGGGAUGGCUUUUGACCCCAUGCUGGAUCACCUGGGAGUGUGCUGCAUUGAGUGCCGGCGAAGUUACACCCAGUGCCAGCAGAUCUGCGAGCCCCUCAUGGGCUACCACCUGUGGCCUUACAACUACCAGGCCUGCCGCACCGCCUGCUGGAUCAUCAUGCCCUGCAGCUGGUGGGUUGCUCGUAUCAUGGGCGUUAUGUGA